AUGGACAACGAGGAUCGCAUGAGAAAGCAGCGCGAGGCUGGUGAUCGAGAGGCUGCUCGUCUUUGGCGCGCAUGGCGAACGGUCCACGAGAUGGUAGCAGAUCGCGGCUACGAGCUCUCGGAAGAAGAAGUCAAAAUCUCCUUCGCUGACUUUAAGAGCACAUACACCCUCGCGGAUGGCAGCAUCAACCGCAAAGGGAUGCAGUUCUCCGCCCGCCCCAGCGAUAAGAUGAUGAAGCAGUACGCCCUACCCGAUGGCACCUCCGAUAUUGGCACCGUCUGGGUCGAGUUCUUGAACGAGACAAAUGUCGGAAUCAAGCAAAUGCGCACCUUCGCCCAGUACUGCUCUGCAAACAGCUUCGCCACUGGUAUCCUCGUCACUGCCGUCACUAUCACCCCCGCCGCGCUGAAGAUCAUUCCCGCUGUCGCUUCCGAGACGCGCAUUGAGUGCUUUAUGGACGCCGAUCUGCUGGUCAACAUCACUCAUCACGAGUUAGUUCCUAAACACAUCACCCUGAGCAGGGACGAGAAGAAGGCGCUGUUGGAGAGAUAUCGGUUGAAAGAUACUCAGCUUCCCCGAAUUCAAUUGAACGAUCCGGUCGCGAAGUACCUUGGCCUAAGGCGAGGGCAAGUGGUAAAGAUUAUACGAAAGUCGGAGACUGCAGGACGAUAUGCCAGUUACCGACUUUGCGUAUAG